GUAGUAAUAAAUGCUCAAAAUAUUCCCCUGCCUUGUUUUUGAAACUGUUUAGUAAUUGUUCUUUUGCGCAACCAUGACGCGCAUGAAGCUGUGGAAUGGCGCUGCCCCAACAUGGCGCACUUCCUAGUCAGUAGAAUUUCUUGUUUAAUGGCUACUUACGCCAUCAAGUCGUUCUUUUUACAAGGCGGGGCGAAAAUAAGAACCCCGUCUGCCUGCCGUUUGCAGUUUACACGCUGGCACAGGUCGGCGGACCGCGAGGCCUUACGGGAGCGUCGGAGGCAGCAGAUGGCCCGAGGCCUCCCCGAGCAGAAACCCAUCGCGGGGGUCCGGCAGGUCCUGGUGGUGGCUUCCGGGAAAGGCGGCGUGGGAAAGUCCACCACAGCGGGUACGGCGCGGGGCGCGGGCUCCACGUUUCUUUCUCAAAGGCUUUCUCCUUCCUCCGCAGUCAACUUGGCGCUGGCGUUGACGGCAAACGAGCCGUCCAAGUCGGUGGGCCUGCUGGACGCCGACGUCUACGGUCCGUCCAUCCCCAAAAUGAUGAACCUGAAGGGGAACCCGCAGCUCACUGACAACAACCGGAUGCUCCCGCUCACCAACUACGGCAUUCCUUGCAUGUCGAUGGGCUUCCUGGUAGACGACGACGCCCCCGUCGUGUGGAGGGGCCUCAUGGUCAUGUCGGCCAUCGACAAGCUGCUCAGACAAGUCGAGUGGGGCGAUCUGGACUACCUGGUGAUGGACAUGCCUCCCGGGACCGGCGACGUCCAGCUGAGCGUCACACAGAGCGUUCCCGUAGCAGGCGCCGUGAUCGUGUCCACCCCGCAGGACGUCGCCCUGCUGGACGCUCGCAGGGGGGCCGAGAUGUUCAAGAAAGUCAACGUGCCGGUCCUGGGCCUGGUGCAGAACAUGAGCAAAUUCCAGUGUCCCAAGUGCCACCACGAGACGGCCAUCUUCGGCUCGGACGGGGCCCUGCGACUGGCGGACGCCUUGGGAGUCGCCUUGUUAGGUGACGUUCCUCUUCACGCCAACAUCCGAGAAACGUCCGACCGAGGCAAACCCGUCGUCGUGUCGUCGCCGGGCAGCCCGGAGGCUUUGUCAUACAUGGAGUUGGCGAGGGCGGUCGUCCGGAGGCUCCACGAGAUCAACGCUUGACCGAGAAAGACAUUCUUCUACUUUUGUCAUCUUGAAUCCAAUAAAUCCUCAAAACUC